AUGACCACAGUGGAAGAGUUUAUUUUAUUGGCUUUUGCAGAUUUAUAUCAGCUGCAGAUUCCUCUAUUCUUUGUUAUUUUUAAUGCCUUUCUCAUAUGUUUGUUUGGAAACAUUGUCAUCAUUGUUAUAGUUAGGGCUGAGCCUUCACUUCACACCCCAAUGUACUUCUUUAUUAGCACAUUAUCAAUUUUGGAAAUAAUAACAGUGUUUUUAAUAAUUCCCAAUCUUUUAGCCAGCCUCAUUGCAGCUAAGAGGGGCAUAUCGUUCCAUGGAUGUUUCCUACAAUUGUUUGUAGCUGGUAUUGCAGGAACAGCAGAAUGUUACCUACUUGCAGUCAUGGCUUUUGACAGAGUCCUGGCUAUUAACAAGCCCCUGCAAUAUGUUUCUAUCAUGACCCAACGGGUCUGUGUGCAACUUGCACUUUUACCAUUCAUUGUAGGGAUUAUCAUUGCAUUGACUCCCACAGUUUUGACGGCUAAACUACAAUUCUGUGGUCGUAAUGAAGUCCACCAUUUCUUUUGUGACUUUGUUGCGCUACAGUCCUUGGCUUGUUCCAGCAUUUAUAUAAGCGAGAUGGUUCUGAACACAAGCGCAAUCUUUGCAAUUGGACUCCCUUUUACUAUGACGGUUGGACUUUACAUCUAUAUCAUUAUCAUCAUUUCAAAGAUUAAAAGUGCUGAAUCUAAACAAAAAGCCUUCUCCACCUGCUCUUCCCAUCUCACUGUAGCAGGAUUGUUUUAUAUAACAACCAUCAUUGUCUAUGCCGUGCCAAAGGGUUCCCAUUAUGACAGGUUCUUUGCCCUAAUAUAUACUGUCAUCACCCCUCUUUUGAAUCCAUUUAUUUAUACCUUCAGAAACAAGGAAAUAAAGAGAGCCCUAAUAAACCUAAGGAUGUUAAAACGUUGCCAAUUUUAUACAAAAUCAAAUCUCAUAAAAUGUGUUGGUUUUAAAAACAUGUGA